AUGCCUGGAGGCUAUCACCUACGGCUAGAGGUCUCGAAAUCCACGCAGACACCGUCGACACCUUCGUCUUACCAGCGGUCGCACUUGGACUCUAACACUUUCAUACCGUCUUCGAUAUUCCAGUCUCUGCCCGCUCACCAAGCAAAGCCGACCGGCCGAAGAUACUCAUUCUUUCUGCCCAGAGACCAGGCGCGACUGUCAGAGGCAGCGCCACCUGGAGAGCCCUCUGCCUACAAAGACUACCGCUUUGGGCCUUUACGCGUAGACUGGGUGGACUUCGACGACAUGAAUCUCAAUGGACUGACUCGAAGUGGACCUAAGAACGACAGAAGCAGGAACCCUC